AUGAUGAGCGACAGCGGCGAGAAGGAGGCACAGGGAGAUAACGAAUGUAUUGAGUCUGAAGCAGAAAGAACACCAAACUGGAGCAGCUACAAACUGCUUGUUGAUCCUUGGUUGGACGGUGGAAAGGAAAAGCUCUACCGCUAUGAUGGACUGCAUUUCAGUGCGCCCAAUCCUGGAAUUCACCCGCCAGAAGUCAGAGAACCCAGAAUUGCUCGCUUUUGGACCAAGUUUAAAGAGACAGAUCUGCCAGUCCCGAAGUUCAAGAUUGAUGAGAAUUACAUCGGCCCACCGAAAGAGGUGACAUUCGCCAGGCUGAAUGACAACAUCAAGGCCGGGUUCUUAACGGACAUGUGCCGAAAAUUUGGAGAGAUCCAAGAGGUGGAGGUUUUGUUCAAUCCCAAGAAUAAGAAACAUUUAGGAAUAGCCAAAGUCAUUUUUGAAACUGUCCAAGGGGCCAAUGAGGUGGUGCAGAAACUUCACAGCACUUCAGUUAUGGGGAACCGCAUUCAUGUGGAGUUGGACCCAAGGGGAGAAAAAAGGAUGCGAUAUUUCCAGCUGCUUGUCAGUGGGCUGUAUACACCUUUUACACUUCCUUUAGGGGACGAGGCCUGGGGACCACAGUCACCCACCUACAGCUCUGACUCCCACAGUGAGUAUGACCCAGUGAAGCGCCUGUCUCAUGGGUUGCUGUCUUCAUCAUCUAUGCUCCUUGGAUCCACCCCAUUCGAUUGCUCCACCCCUAUGUCCAUGGACACUGCCUAUUCCAGCAUGCACCAGGACACUCCAUGUAGUUUCUGGCAGGAUACUCCACACGGCUCGCCUAUGUCUCACAGUAACCCAGGAACCCCGCUGCACUGCAACGGCCUUACAAACUCUACAGAUACACACACUGAUGCACACACUUCCAAAAACAUCCCGCAUUCGACUCCAUUUAUCGCCUCUGAAUCCCCAAACACCUACCACAAUCCUCACCUGGUCCAACUAACACCACAUACACCAAAUACAAAGCAGGGAUCUUUAAUUAGCGUUACUCAAAGUUCCUGGACCGCUAAAGGGCACACAGUAUCAGGAGACAAGUCCCACAAAGUUGGCAGGGCUCCUCGAGGUGGGCACAGGGAUCACAUGUGGGGCACUAAAUAUCAAAACGCAUAUAAUCGUAGGCCAGAGCAUCGCUACGUGCACAGACCUGGAUUCAACAGAUCUCACUGUCGCUCAGGAUACACGACCAAUCUAGUACCGUUAGUGUCAUUUCAGGGACCUUCAGCUGCUCAGACACAGCCAGAUAAGUCUCUGGCACCUCUUAUCCAUUGUAAUAGUAGCACAGAUAAACCUACAGGACAAACAGCAAUGGAAGCACCUACAGGAAAUAUAGACAAGGAACCAAUUCCGCCAGUAUCCCAGAGGGGCAACUUGCGUCAAAUCCAAACAUUUUGCUCACAGCCGUUGGAGAAAACUUUGGAUGUUCCUCAAAAAACACCUCAUAACAUCUUUAACUCUCCUCCUCAUAUACCUGAAGUACAACAGCCGGACACGGCUGUGAUACAAACCCCAGAACGGUGUGUCUCCCCUGAGCCAGAAAGAAGCCCUUCAACACAGUCAGUUCCUCCAGAACCAGUGACAAGCAGCCUGGACUCUCGUAUCAAGAUGCUCCUGGGCACUCAGAGUCCAGAUUUAGAAAAGAAUGAGGAGAACUCAAACUCAGAAGACUGGAUUUCCCCAAGCCUUCCUCAACGCUCCUCUAAAUCUGGUCCUCCUUCUCCUCAAUCCCCUGAUGCCUCACCUACCUGGAAUUUCCCUGCAGCUUCCAGUCACCGUAUUUCCACACAGCAAACUUCAUUUACAUUGAGUUUUGAAGACGUGAGUCCUUUUCCACUCCCGGAUUCAGCAGAGGAAGGAGAGGAACCUCAACCAAGUCAUGGCUAUCUGUCCAAGAUACCCGUCAUUUCAACCUUCUGUUCAACAACACAACAGGCUCCGCAAUCUUAUCACCAAAAAGCUAUGAUUAAACUGUCCCGUAGAGAAGGAGAAGCUUCAGAGCAGCCCAUUAGACCCAGGACCUGCUCUUCACCUGCUCCUCCUGCAUUCCCAGUGCCUCCUCCUCCUGUUCUCCUACCGCCACCUCCACCAGGCUUUCCUACCAUACCACCCCCUCCUAUGUGUGGACCUUCCCCUCCUUUACUGCCCUCUGUACCAGUUCGAAUCACUUCUCCUCCUCCUCCUAACCUCUCUGUAUCUACAUUGCCUUUCCGUCUGCCACCAAAGCUCCCCAUGGGGCAAGCGAACAGGCCCCCAAGAUGGACGAACCCUCAUGAACGUCCUCCUUCUACACCUCUUCCUAUCCCGACCAGAAUAACCCAGGGGAAAUCCCACACUGUUUUCCCACCUCCUUUUGCCAUUCUUCCUCCUCCAACACCCUUUCCAGGUGUGGAUGGAGUCAGACAGGCACCACGUCUGACUUUUAAUUCAGCUGCUAUCCCAGGUUACAGAGCACCGUGGCCACCCAUGCGCCUGCCUGUGUUUGAUCCCUCAGUGCCGCCUCCGGGCUACUCACCUGAAAGUGAGUCGCUCCACAAGGCCACGGUGGAUGGAGUGAUUGGCGCUGUAGCUGCAGAACUCAGGGUCAUAGUAAAAAAAGACAUUCAUCGCAGGAUGGUUGAAGGCGUUGCCUUUGCAGCAUUUGAUCAAUGGUGGAAUGAGAAGGAACACUCAGUGAAGAUAUUGAUGGUUCCUGUGAAAUCUGGAGAAAGUAAAGAGAAAGAACCUGUGAAGCUCAAAGUUUUGGAGCCAUGGCAGUCUGUAGAGAAGCUGGGAUUAGAGGGCACAAGACUAGGAACAGGACUGGGUUUGGGCCUCCGCUCGGCCCUCAAACUGCCAUCAUUUAAGGUAAAACGGAAGGAUCCUUCUGGUGAGGACCCUGUGAAGGAUAAAAAGUCAUAUCCCUCCUCUUUGCCAGGUCAGACACACUCAGAGGAAGCAGAAGCAGGGCAGGAGACACAAGAAGUGCCCCAGAUGGAACAGGGAGUCCCUGUGGUGAAACGGCGUCAUGCCAGACCUCUGGAGCUGGACAGUGACGAUGAGGAGGAACAGGAGGACGAGGAGAACCCUGAGAAUGUACUGGAGUUGUGUUCUGAACAAAGGGAGAGCAAAAAAACAAAGAUUACAAAUACUGAUCAGGAGGAGGAUGACGAGGGAGAAGAUGGAGACCGAAAAGAGGGGAGGUUUUCAGCUGUGAGAGAGGAUGAAACUCACUCAGACAAAGAAGUAAUCAGCAUAACAGCAUCCGACUCCUCGUCCAUCAUGGAUUAUGAAUCGACACUCACCUCGAGAUCGGACUCAAGCUCGUCUGAUGAGAGUCGUUACUCCUCCGACUGUGAGGAGUCUGAGGAAAACGAUGAGGAUGAUGGAGUAAGUCCGUCAUCUGAAGCUCCUGAAGAGGAGCGAGCAGAGGUGAUUUGGAUCUCAUCAGAUGAAGAUGGUGCAGAAUAUGCAUCUCAUACACCUGCUCGUUCUUCCGUGAACUCCUGGGAGGAUGAGUUCGACCCACCUCUGACUCCGUCUGCUCCAAUGUCGAAUGACGGCGACCCAGAUGACACACUGCUAGGCACUGAUCCACAGCAAGAGCUGCGAGUGCGAGUGUUUCUGCACAGCUACGGCUGCCAGGAUCCAGUCACACAGCAUUUGUCUAACAAACUCGAGCUGUCUGACCCGGCUCUGCUUUCUUCAGCCGACGAGCCGCAGCUGGAGUGUCCACCAUCGCCCAUUUAUAGAGAGUUCUCCGAGACAGAACUGGAGGAUCCGGGUUACACAAAUGAAUUACUCGAGGAUUCUGGGAACCUCAGACCCCCGACACCAACAGGUUCCCUGUCAGAAAGCGAGCCCGACCUCGUGCUUCGGCACGGUUUAUCGCCCCCUGCUGCCGACGAGGUGGAACUGCCCUGUACUCCUGGAGGAGGUUUUGAAACAGAGCCCGAAACUCCCGUUUUAUCCCCAGCACCUGCUACUCCCCUCCCUCCUCCACCUUCUCCCACAGGCUUCCAUGUUUUCCCCUCUCCUGCCCCGUACUUGUCUCCUCCUCCUCUCCCAUCGUCUUAUCCUGCCUAUGAGGAAACUCCUAAAACGCCAGGGAAGAAUAACAGAGAGGAGCAGAUACAUCAUAUACCAGUGAUUACACGAGACGCAGUGCUAAGGAUGGCGAUGCACAGCCCGUUUUCUCCGUCCUUUCUCUCAGUAUCACCUCACACAGGAAGCGGGGUUCCUAGAACUCCAGGACGAGACAUGAAUCCAUCCUCACCUCUUUCUGAAGACAGCGAGGUCGAUUUUCAGCACAGGCAGCAUUGGCGAGGUCGGCGCCCGCGCUGUUCGCACCAAAUCCACGUCCACAGCACCAGCUCGUCCCCUUACUCUUCCGAUUCCUCAAGUUCAGAGACACAAAAUUUGAGCUGCUCUAUAAAUCAGGUGGCACGUUUUGAUGUUGCACAUCUCAGAAAGAGACGAGAACGGAUGCAGCGUAAAAGAAGAAUGAUCCUCUCACAGAGAACCAGACGAAAUAGGGAUGAUUUUCAACGCAUGCCAGUGCGAAGUUCAUUCACUAAAUCAUCAUCCUCGUGUGAUGCAGCUCCAGAUUUCAGCAUGGAUUUGGCAGCCCAGGCCAAAAAGCCACUACAGGGACUCGAGAACCGAUUAGAAAACAGGCUUCACGAGCGGCCACUGGAGAACCAGAGACUCCCCAAACCACUGUUCCCGUGGAGAAAGAGAAAGUCGUGGCGUCACACUUCUUUCUUUGCUCCUCGGUCGAAACGGAGAGAAAAGCUGCUGAUCAAUGCCGUCUGGACUAAAGGAGUGAACUUGGAGGAGAUCGGCCACCUGAAGGCCUCAUACGAGAGGAUGCUGCUGCAAAACAACACCUUCGACUGGCUCAGAAGCACACACUGGGUUCCUCAUCCUCCGAGCAGUGUUCCUCUGGAAUGGCCACCAAAAUUGUUGGAUGGCGUUCGCUAUCACAUGACUGGGUCAGCACGCACAGAGGGAUUUUACAUCAUCAGCAAGAGGGACAAACUGCACUACCUCCGACACACACACGCUGCCUUGGGAGAGCUGACUGCAGACACUCAGGUGGGAUUUUCUAUCCACGCUCAGCUUCCUUCGUCGUCCCGUUCCGGAUCAGAUUUCCGAGCCGAACAGCGGCGCCUGCUCUCCUCCUUCAGCUGCGACAGCGACCUGCUCAAGUUCAACCAAUUGAAGUUCCGUAAGAAGAGGCUGCGCUUCAGUAGGAGUCGCAUCCACGACUGGGGAUUGUUUGCAGAGGAGCCGAUAGCUGCUGAUGAGAUGGUGAUCGAAUACGUGGGACAGAACAUACGGCAGGUGAUCGCAGACAUGCGUGAGAGACGCUACGAGCAGGAAGGCAUCGGCAGCAGCUACCUGUUUCGGGUCGACCAGGACACCAUCAUCGACGCUACCAAGUGCGGCAACCUGGCCAGGUUUAUCAACCACAGCUGUAACCCAAACUGCUACGCUAAAGUCAUCACUGUAGAAGGCAAAAAGAAAAUAGUCAUCUAUUCUCGUCAGCCCAUCAGCGUCAACGAAGAGAUCACGUAUGAUUAUAAAUUCCCCAUCGAGGACGAGAAGAUCCCCUGUCUGUGUGGAGCUGAGAACUGCAGAGGAACCCUCAACUAG